AUGAACCAAAAUCCAGGCGAUCAUUGGCGUGCCCCCGGAGGCCCUCCUCAGAGUGAGCCGCAACCGCAAGGCAGACCUUUCGCAAGCUUUGGUCCAAAUGGGCCUUCACAACCACCACCGCACGUCCUGCCUCCGCCGUCAUCAUACCACCAGCAUCAUUCUCAGCCUUCAGGAAGCCACAGUCUAUCCAUCGCGGAUUUGACCCAAGGCCCCCACAAUCACCAACAACAACAUCAAUACAAUACCCAACCACCUCCUCCACCUCAACCGCAAGGUCAUCCAAUGGGUCCUUUAGGACACUCCAUGCCCCAACAUUCACCCCAGUAUCUUGGCCGAGAAAGGGAGAUGCGGGAGAUGCGGGAGAUGCGGGAACAAUUGAGAGAGAGGGAAAUGAGAGAGAGGGAGAUGAGAGAACGAAAUAACAUCGAGCUCCAAAGACAGCGAGAUGAGAUGAUGAUGCGUGAACGAGAGCGUGAAGCUCGUGAACGAGAACAAAUGGAGCGCCUCCAUCAAGAGCAACAUCAACAGCAGCGCCCAGUGCAAAGUCAUGCUGGGUCCAUCCCAAUACAUCAACCUGUGGCAUCAAAGGUGCAAAAUUCCAUUCACGGCCCGAAUGGUCUGUUGGCAAACGGUGGUACUGGCGCAGUUCAACACAAUGGCCCUGCACCAUCCGCGGGCAACAAUCUCUUUGGCGGGCCUGCACAACACGAACCUCAGAGGUCCUCUCAGUAUAUGCAUCAACAAGUUGCGCCACCACCAGCACCGGCGCCGGCACCGGCACCACCACCACCACCACCACCACAGCAGCAGCAGCAGCCACAACAAGGUCAAGCCUUCAUGCCCGGCCCAUCCCCAAUGCCAGCUCCGGCCCAACUUGCACAUGGCCAACAGCCUAUCCUGAACGAUGCUCUCAGCUAUCUUGACCAAGUCAAAGUGCGUUUCAGUGAUCAUCCCGAUGUGUACAACCGAUUCCUGGACAUUAUGAAAGACUUCAAGAGUCAGGCUAUCGAUACACCUGGAGUCAUCGAGCGAGUCUCAAAUCUGUUCAACGGUCAUCCUGCACUCAUUCAGGGAUUCAACACCUUCCUUCCUCCAGGAUAUCGCAUCGAGUGUGGGACUGAGGAGAAUCCAGAUGCAAUCAGAGUUACCACCCCGAGUGGAACAAUGACGCAGUCUUUGCAAAGCAGAGGCCGUGCACAUUUUGAAUCUACAGGGGCCAACCAAGGCGCACCACCCGUACAAGGUCGUCAAGAUACCUUUGAAAGUCGACAUGGGUGGGGCCAAACGCUCGGAACAUCACCUGGUGCAAGAUCGGCUGAGCUACCCGGGUACAAGCCGGUGGCUGGCGAGAGACCCGUGGAUGAAGGACCUAAUGCCAUGAGUCAACAGGAACAGCGUGGUGUCUCGACUCUUCAAAGUGCUGUGACUGCCGUGACUAAUGGCGCGACAAGACCGGCGCUGGCAGUUUCCCCUGGACCAGGCCAGCCUGGUGCGUAUCCUCAGCAAACCGCUGGGUUUGCAGGAAAUUCAGCAUUGGGUGAAUUAAAGCGUGGCGGACCAGUUGAAUUCAACCAUGCGAUUAGUUACGUGAAUAAGAUCAAGAAUCGGUUUGCUCAGCAACCUGAGAUCUAUAAGCAAUUUCUCGAGAUUCUACAAACCUACCAGCGCGAAUCCAAACCCAUCCAAGAUGUCUACGCCCAGGUUACCCAACUCUUCAUAUCUGCACCGGAUCUGCUCGAAGAUUUCAAGCAAUUUCUUCCCGAGUCCGCCGCCCACGGCAAAGCCCAAGCUUCCCGUGUGAUGGGCCAGGAAGAACAAACCAGCAACGUUCGCGGAGAACCAAACUAUACUUCUGGCUCAGUUCCUCAGGCCCAGACACCAAGACCGGCCUCCAAAAUGCCGCCGAUGGGCCAAUUCGAUCCCCCCACUACAAGCAAAGACAGUAAGAAACGCCGCGCAGGGCCUAGCACAUCUCUUGGGAGUCAAACCACGACGCAGCCAGCUGUUGAAGCCGGAGUCACUCAAGGACCGCGCACGGGGCCUGUCCAGGUCGGCAAUGCUAUCAAGCGUCCCAAACUUGCGACUCAGCGUCAGCCUCCCGCCGAACCUGUAGUCACCUCCCCGACACUUGUCCCACAACUGCCCGAACCCCUUCCGCCUUUCCCAAGCUUGUCUACUACCCCAGAAGAACUCGGAUUUUUCGACCGCGCCAAGAAGCAGAUUGGGAAUCGCGCCGGUUAUGCCGAGUUUUUGAAGCUCAUCAAUCUCUAUACACAAGAUCUCAUCGACAAGUAUACUUUGGCUGAUCGAGUUGGAUCCUUCAUUGGGGGCAAUCCGGACUUGAUGACCUGGUUCAAGAAUUUCCUUGGCAUCGAGGAGCAAGACGAGGUGGUGGAAGCUCGUGCUCGACCAGAUCCCGGUCGGGUGAAUCUGUCGCACUGUCGCGCUCUUGGUCCCAGCUAUCGUCAUUUGCCCAAGCGCGAUCAGAACAAACCCUGUAAGGGCCGGGAUGGCAUGUGCUACGAGGUAUUGAAUGAUGUUUGGGCUUCUCAUCCAACCUGGGCCUCUGAGGACUCUGGAUUCGUCGCACACCGAAAGAACCAGUACGAAGAAGCCUUGCAUCGGAUCGAGGAAGAACGCCAUGAUUAUGACUUCCACAUCGAGUCAUGUCAGCGAACGAUCCAACUCAUGGAGCCGCUCGUCCAACAAAUUGGUGUCAUGAGUGAAGCAGACCGUGCUGCCUUUAUUCUCCAACCUGGCCUGGGCGGUGCUAGCGAAGCGAUCCCCAAGCGCAUUAUCAUGAAGAUUUAUGGCCGCGAUGUUGGAGCCAGAGUCAUGCAAGAAAUGUUCGCACGCCCCACUGCGGUCCUCCCUAUUGUCCUCUCGAGGCUGAAACAGAAACUUGAAGAAUGGAAGCAGGUCCAACGGGAAUGGGAAAAGGUUUGGCGCGACCAGAUUCACAAACAGUUCUGGAAGAGUCUUGACCAUCAAGGAAUCAAUGCCAAGAACCUCGACAAGAAGAAUUUCCAGCAGAAGACAUUGACAAGUGAGAUCCAAGCCAAGUACGAAGAGGCCAGGAAAAACCGCGAGAAUGGCAUUACCACAAAGAAGCACCAGCUUGAGUAUGCGUUUAAUGACCUCGAUGUCAUCGCUGAUGCGACACGUUUAAUCCUUGCAUCGCUGGAUUCAGAUCGUGUUCAAUACAGCGGUGGAGAACAAGAGAGGAUCCGUGGAUGGUUCACGGAUUUCGUCAUUCGAUUCUUUGGUCUCGACCCAGAAAAGUUCCACGAACUGCUGGAGACCCCCGCUCUGAGAAAUCGAGAUCAUGAUGAAGGCGCAGAUGACCCUGAAGGCGACACUCAUCCUCCCGCCAAAGGCAAAUCUCAACGCAAGUCCGACUGGCUUCGGCGGCUGGCCCUUGAAAGGAGACACGGCAAAGAAGAUAGCGUGGCAUCUGCAAGUAAAGAGUCCAGCCCCAUGCCGGGCGUCAGCAGUGAGAUGGAACUCGACGAAGACACCGCAGCCUCUGAGACGCCUGAAACCCCACAGCACCCCUGGAUCAAUGUUGCCCAUGGCAAUUCAUCAGUACGCCACCUGGCCAUGGAUGAAGCGUACCCUCACACAACCUUCAAUUUCUAUGCCAAUGCUAACAUCUAUUGCUUCUUCCGACUUUUCGAGGCUAUGUACAGUCGACUGCUCGCCAUCAAGCUCAAUGAGGCCAAUGUGCAAGAAGCUGUUGCCAGAUACAAAGGCACGAAUGGAAGAGUCAAGCCUGCCAUUGAACUGCGCAUGAUCGACAAAGGGCCGGACUUUUUCUUCUUCAGUAUCGAUGGAAAGCAAAACUACUAUAGCCAGAUUCUGCAGAUGUGUGAAGACGUCCUCGUGGGCAGUGGGGAUCUUGGCCAUCUCGAGGAGACGCUGCGACGUUACUACAACAAAAGUGGUUGGCAACUGUACACAAUUGACAGACUUGUGUCAGCCAUUCUACGGUUCAUCAUGAACAUCUUAGGUGGCGAUGCUAAGGACAAAAGUGUCGAAAUCACCAACUUAUUCAUGAAGGAUCGGGAACGCCCAGACACCACCCGAAAGCAGGAAAUCCAAUACCGGAAGCAGGUCGAGCGACUGUCCAAGGACGGUGAGGUCUACCGCAUCAGCUUCACACCCCAAGAUCGACUUUGCACCAUCCGGCUUUUCCCUUCGGAAGAUGCCACCUUUGACAAUGACACCCUUUCGGACGAAGCUCGAUGGCAGUAUUAUGUCGCAUCGUACACGAUGACGGAUGCUACCGAAGGAGUCGAUCAGUCACGAAUGCACAGUCCAUUCCUGCGACGGAACAUUGCUCCUCAGAAUGCGAACAUUGAGGCGGCAUACCAAGAAGUAUACGGUGACCUGGAUCAUUUUGACGAACAGACUGCAUUUAUCAGCCCUGAGUCAUACAAGCUUCUACUUCAGAAUGAUUUCGGAUUCGUCCGACGGAAGGCUUUCGAGAGGCCCAGCGGCAAGGCGUACGAAACAGGAAAGAUGGAAGAAAGCGAGAGAUUCAGGGAGAAGUACGUGCGCAAUACCGCCUGGAUGAAAGACCAACGUGCAGAAGAUGUGGAGCGUAUCAAAGCGGCAUUUGAAAAGGGCGUCAGAGAGGGCUUUUCUCGAUAUGAUGAUUAA